GCAACGGUACCCUAGGGCCUGGGUGCUUGGCGGGAGCUUCGCGGAGGCUUCCGUGGAUGGACAGCGUGACAACGGGACCGAGAGGCUGCCGGCAACGACUAGCAUGGCUUCCACGAGAAAACUCCGCCACCCCACAUGUGACAUUUCUGACUUUAGUGACCUCUCCCUGCAAGAUUCAAAGAUGGACAUCUUUAGAGACCUGGGUAUCCAUGCCAGUCUUGCCCACGUGGCACCCAGUCACAGCAGGUUCCUCAAAAGGAGCCAAAUGAUGGGUGAGACACGGGUGAUCUCCAAAGAGGAUGCUGACCCCAGGAGGGGACCCAGGGCCAGCACUGCCUCGAACCUCAGGGCCAGUGCAGCUCUCACGAGGCUGGCCCACAUGGAGACCAAGAUCCUGGGGCGCAAGAGGGUGCCUGCCACUUGGUCUGACUCGGAGUCUGACCCCAAGACCCCUAGUGAGGGUCGUCACAAGACAGGUAACCAAACGGUCCCCAAGAGAUCCACCAGCCUUUCUGCACAGCAGACAGACACAACCUUCCAGAAGCAAGUCCAGGACACAAGCCCCACGGUCCAGAGUCGAGGGCCAAGUGAGAAAGGGAGCAGGUUUCUAAAGAAGAGAGUGCCACCCACUCCGAACAUGUCCCCCGACGCCCACGAGAAAGAGAGGACUGUCCCGGUGCCCAGACCAAACGAACCGACCAGAAAAAUGCAUUUGCCAGGCAGCGAUGAAGAGGAAGUGAAAGGGAUGCUAGGAAGCUUGAUGGAGUCUCCUAGAGAAAAAGAGACAUGCCCAAAUCAGGGGCUCCCCAAAACUACGGUCAGCAAGAAAGAACUUGGGAAACCAUUGUUGAACCAGCUCCAGACCCAGCCGGGAGUCCUCUCUCUGCCCCGUGCAGAAUAUUCCAGCUCCCAGCCUUCCCCGCCGUCACGCCCGCCAACCUCACGGUCACCCCUCGGGACCCUUCGCAGCCUUCGCUCAAGACCUCGCUCUGCACAGACCCCGGUCUCCGGGGACCCAGCCUCCCGCACAUCCUCGCUCUCCAUAUCAGGCGCCUUUUCCAAAUCAGCAUCCUCAAAACUCGUGUCCUCUCCCAGGAGGAGUGAGGCCGGGCCUUGGGGUGAGCUGGUCUCAGAAGACACCAACGACAGCCUGAACGAUUUUAGGGUCAACAUCUUGUCGCUUGAUGAUCUGUCUCCUGUUACCAGCAAGAAAUCAGAGUUGGAUCAAAAAGAAGACACUGGCAGAGAAAGACUGUCAGGCAAAGCUGAGUCACCUGGAGGCCUGGAGGCACCAAGACGUGAGCAGCCCAGGGGCUCAGCCUUUCAGGGAGGGGCCGCCUCUGUGGCUUCGGAUGACAGCGACGUCUCGGAGUGCCUGGGAGCCAGCUCGGCCUGCCCGGCCCAGGAGGGCAGUGUGUCCAGCUCAAGGCCACUAUCGGAAACCCCGAUGGCGACCACAAUGAGUGUGGCUUACUCGGAGGACUUUGAGUGCCCUGCAAGUGCCACGACCUCUGACCCGAUGGCCCCCUCCACAGAGGCCCCCGACAGGACGCUGGACGCUCUGUCCGAGUUCUCUUCCAGUCUCACCACCGACCUCUCCAAGUCACCUCGGAAGAGGUGGCGCAGGGACGUGACAAGAGUGCUUGUGAAGGAGAUGGCUGUGCAGACCCUCGAGCCUGCCUUCGCCUACCGGUGGGCCAGGGCGGCUGGCGUGGCGGCCAUCGGACCUGGCCUGGGAGGAGCCUACGUAGAUCCAGUGCCCAUUGCCAGUCAUGUGGUCAGCGCCGACGCGGUGGAAGCCCUGACAGCGUACAGCCCGGCCGCGCUGGCUCUGCACGACAUGCUGAAGCAGCAGCUAAGCCUGACGCAGCAGUUCAUCGAGGCCAGCCGCCACCUGCACGUGUCGCUCCUGCAGUCCCUGGACGGGGACUCCUUCCACUACCACACCCUGGAGGAAACUAAAGAGUACAUUAGGUGCCACAGGCCCAGGCCGCUGACUCUGGAGGACGCCCUGCAGAAGGUGAAGGAGGAGCUGUGAGCAUCUGAGGUGACAGACAGGUCCCAGGAGCCACGAGGGACAGCGUGACCGCAGCCUCAAGGACCUACCACCUG